AUGGAACCACAACCCAUUCCGAUCCCACCAGCCGCCUUUGUUCUCAACGAAAACACUGAAUCUUCAAUGAUAUCGCAGUGGAAAGAACUGGACACUUCCUAUUCUGACAUUCCGAUGCCAGCUGCGCCUCAUUUGAUGACAGUUGAUCAUGCUUCAAACCACCGCCUGGGUUUAUGUGACGUUGCUCUCCGUGGUCCACGGAAUGUUGUGAUGCCGAAUAGCGCCGAACUAAUUGGAAGUGCUCCACGCCCUGUUCAGAAUUCUCCCAUGCUAAGUCAGCGUGCUCAGGAGCGUGUGGUUUUGCAAAAUAGUAAAGGCGUAAAUCAUGUUGAUUUAUCGAAUGUUACCGAACCAGCUCGACACCCAGGGCAUAGUCAUGGAAUGGUUACUCCCGACCAGAAGAUGCAGAGAAUUGAUGGAUACCACAAUCCAAACAACAUUAAUCAAAAUCAAGAGUACAAACAUUCAAUUUAUGUUCCACUUCAUCCUACUCCAACGAUGCUUGGACUUCCAACUGCUUUUGCUCCGAAAAGUUACAACGGCAUUGCUGAAAUUCUUGAAAAAGCUGAAAAUCCCACCCCAGCAGUGUCCCGGCAGAUGACUGAACAUAAUAAUACUCAGCUGACACCUCAAGACCACAUGAUACAGAGAAAUUAUGAAUAUCAGGAUUCAUUCUACUUCUUCCCACCGCAAACGAACAACUAUCCAAUGCAUGCUCAACUGUAUCCUUCUCCACCGAUUUUUGAAAAUCCUCUUACAACAACAUUGUCUACUGGAGCGGACAAUUUCAUCCUGGAAUGUCUACCCGCGUCACUCAAUACGGUCUCAAAACUCCAUCUGAGGCAUCAAUGGAGAUGUUCGCUAGUCUUUCACAGUGGGGCUCAAACCUCAUGCACGAUUUCUCACAUUUCACCAGCUGGGACGUCAAUCCGUACGAUAUUCAGUACAUGUCUAUUUCUCUCUUUUUCGCCGACUCCUUUCGUUACCGAAUGCAAUCUUGGUUGGCGGACACGAAGCAAUGAUGCGAUUAAUUAUUGA